UGUAAUUCAGAAAUUUAUAUCAUAUUGUUGUUGUUUAUUGUUGCAGAUUAUGCAGAGGGGAAAUGGAACUUCCCCUGGAACUUAAGGCUUUCGAUUGCAGUAGGCAUAGCAAGAGGUCUCGCGUACUUAUACAGAAGUUCAAAGAAAGGCAAUGUCAUUCCUCAUGGCAACAUUAAGCCAUCAAACAUUCUAUUAAACGAAAACGGGGAGCCAUUGAUAAGUGAGUAUGGAUAUUACAAGUUCCUAGACCCUGACAAAAGUUGCCUCUAUAAAGACAAUGGUUAUACAGCCCCUGAGAAAAUGUUGACAGAAGAAACUGAUGUCUAUAGCUUUGGAGUGAUUCUGCUGGAACUGCUAACCGGCAAAGUUGUAGAGAAGACAGGAUUAGACCUUGUCAAAUGGGUGAAAUCUAUAGUGAGGGAAGAAUGGACUGGAGAAGUGUUUGAUAGUGAAGUUGCAAACUAUGAAAUGUAUGCUUUCCCUCUACUAAACGUUGCACUCAAGUGUGUGGAUCGUUUGCCUGAGGAACGACCUACUAUGACAGAGGUCUUGGAGAUAAUCGAAGAAAUUGUGAAUGAUCAAGAAGACAUUUCUCCUUCUUCUAUGACUUCUUUUGAAUCCACCCCUGGUUCAAUGAAGCAUGUUUAUGCCCUUUAGUUUGACAGCUUUCUUCUUUAUCUAUGUGAAUUUUACCAAGUUAUUUUUCUGAAAUGUGUGCCUAGUUGUGUGAAAGAUUCAUAGUGAGUGGAUGAAAGCAGAAACACUAUUCAUGUAAGUUUCAUAAGUACUCAUCUUAUAAAAAGUGUUCUUAUGUUGACAAUCAGCCUACAACAGCAUUUUUCUUCAUCGAGCUCGAGCUGAUUACUUGUUGCAGAAACUAAUAUCAGACAAUGGCAUUCAAGGCAGGCACGACAAGGCCGGGAGGAGGGGGGAGGGGGAAGGGGGUGUUAGUUGUCUCUAGACUGGAAUGUUGUAGUUACACUAAGGAUGAAACAGCACAGCACAUAUUCAAAAUUAUUCCAAGGGAAAUGCUGAGCAUAUAUUAAGAACAGAAGUUCUAAUUAACUACAAGGUACUGAAGUAAAACAAGUCUUCAACAGACAAAAA